AGUGGACUCGGUGCCGGGAUCGCUAUCCUUCUGGGAAAGCGGGGUGCCAAUGUAGUCGUUAACUAUGUGUCAGCUGGCAGCAAGGAGCGAGCUGAGAAGGUGGUCAAGGAUAUCGAGGCCAACGGCACCAAGGCCAUCCUCUGCCAGGCCGACGUCAGCAAGGUUGAGGAGAUUCCCAAGCUGAUUGAUGCCGCUCUCAAGAUUAGCUCAACUGGCAAGAUUGAGAUUCUCAUUCACAACGCCGCUCAAGGCAACGAGGCCAACUUGGUAGACACUACUGAGGAAUUUUACACACGGCACUUUGAUGCCAACGUCAAGGGCCCCAUUUUCUUGACAAAGGCGGCUGAGCCUCAUCUGCCCAAGGGUGGUCGUAUCGUCUUCAUUUCUUCUGCAGGAGCUCGUCUCGGUGUUGCUGGUCAAACCGUGUACGCAGCCACCAAGGCAGCCGACGAGGCGCUUGUGCGAGUCUGGGCCAAGGAGCUGGGCCAGUCUCACGGCAUCACUGUUAACUGCGUCAACCCAGGCCCCAUUGCCACAGACCAAUGGUUCCAGAGUGAUGAGCAGUUCCUCAAGGACAUGCAGCCUCUGAUUGACUCUACUCCCGCGGCGGCGCGAGUCGGUGAAGUUAGCGACAUUGCGCCUCUUGUUGCUUUCCUCUGCACUGAUGAUGCCAAGUGGACGACGGGCUCGGUCCUGUCGGCCAACGGUGGUCUGUACAACUAG